GCUCAAGCCCUCAUUCUGUCCCCCCAUGGUGGACACUCUCUUUGGGACAACUCCUCUAUUUCUGUCUGGUCACCAGCCCCAAGCCCCGCUGCCCGCCUCUGGUCAGAUGCUCAAAGACCUGACUGUGGACUACAUAGAGGUUUUUGCUUUGGAUUGUUGUCAAUAGGAAGAGUCAGAGGUGCCAGAGAGGGCUUGUGUGGGGUGAGAGGGCAGGAUCAGAUCAGCAAGGCCUUUUUGGGGAGCGUUUUACGAUAAGGCCCACGUUAUGGAUUAUAAAACUGGAAGGAAAAGAAGAAAUUCCAGGAUAUUUUUGGACAGAGGCCAACUAAAAGGCACCAUGUCUUAGGAGCUACUUGCUGUAGAAGAUCCUGACUGAGGGCCCCAAACUCUGGGUCCUGUAGCUCCAGCAGCAGACAGUGUAUAAUUUUGAGAUCUGGGAUUGCAUGAAUGACUGAACAACUGAGCACAGUGCUCUUUGCUAGCCAUCCUGCAUCAUGACAUCAGUUGAGAAGCGCCGCUCAGGCCGAAAGAGUGGCGGACAUCGAAAGCACAGUGAUGGAGGCUACAGUGACACCUCCAGCGGUGGGUCCUUUCUGGAUGAGACUGACCGUGAGGUCAGCAGUCUGACAGAUCGAGCAUUCAGGAGUCUCUGCAUUGGAGAUGAGGCUGUUUACAAUGACUCAGACCUGGGUUCAUCUUCUCCCUGCAUCCAGAGAGACAGACAGCUGGCCUUUGGCCAGAGUGGCAUGGACAGAGACAGAGAGGACAGGGAGAGGGAGGAACUUAAGAGAGCAGCACACGAGAGCUUCAGUCUCAGGAUGCAGCAGUACGGACAGGACUGGAUCCAUGGAGGAAUGUAUGGGGCUGAGAUCCAGAGAGAUCCACAGUGGGAGGUUUAUGGGGAAAGGACACAGGGGAGGGUUUCUGCCACAUUCCAGCACUCCUUUGUGGAAACCUCUCAAAAUGAGGCAUCUCUGAGGGAAGAACAGCUGUCUUUCCUCAGCAAUGGAGCCACAGAGUUGAGUUCGCAGCAACGCAGAAGCCGCUCCAGAGUUUCCUCUCUGAUCAGAGCUUUUAACUCAGAGGGACAAAGGGAUGGAGCAGGGAUGGAUGGUAAACUCAGAGAGUGGAAUGAUGAACCAAGCUGGGACAAAUCAGCUCUGAUGAGUAUCCAAAGGGAACUUUCUGAGUUCUCUACAUCUUACCAGCAGAACUUUAACAGUGGUCAUUUCCCCCCAGCUGGCCCAUUCUCAUCUCAAGACACCAACUUCUACUCCUCUGAAGUAGCAGCAGUACCUCACAUGAAUUCUGCAUCUUCCUUCAUGAGAUCUUCCCACAGUAAACACAGCAUGUCCGCGCAGGUCAACUGUAACUCUAACUUCUUUAUUCACAGUGAGUUUAGUCCCUUCAAGGUAUGGAGGGACCAUAACCGUUUUCCCUUUCACAGAGGAGAAGUCUCAGGGUUUAUGCACUGUUCAGAGUUCCCUAAAUGGUAUGAGACACCAAUGUACAGGGAGCUUUCACUGGAGGCCCAACCACAGGCUCCCUAUAGGUUUGAUGAGAGAGGCAUCAGACACCAAAGGAAUAACUUGGCCCCUGCGGUCCCUCCCUCUCUUCCGCGCCCCACCUCAACAUCCACAGUGCUGCAGAGAGCUGCAGCCGUGGAGAAGCGUUGUGAGUCAGAAUUAACAGGACAUUACCCCCACAGGAAGCGGACGCAGAGCUUGGGAUCUAACAGGCUCCACUCUCAACGGCCAUCAACUGCAUCACCUUCCAGCGACAUGUCUCGACAUGUCCAGGACACCAUCAGCUCCGUCAAAGCCCUCCAGCAAAAACUCAAAAUGAUGACAGAGCAAGGUAUCACAACAGGGAUGAUAGAAAAUCAACAAGGAGUGUUUUGUAGCAAUGAUAAUUUUAUUCCCUUUGGCAACAAUGCAGAAACAGUGGCACCGAAUGUUGUCAGCAAUAACACAACUCCCUUCAGCAUCAGCCAGUUGCUCACACCAUUAGUCCAUCCACAACAGGAAGUAGAGACAUCAGAGGUCCGGCAGUAUGCAGCCUCCCCUCAACCUGUAGAACAUGCUCCAGUGCGAGCAGAAAGCAGGGGAGCCACUCCUGAUGUCAGGAUGUCAAACUACAAAUCCAGAGCCACAAGCCUACUCUUCAAUCUCAAAGACAAUAGGAAAAGAGUGAAAAGCACCUACAGUCCUACUAAAUUUAAAGGCUUGGAAACACUGGAGAAGAACAAGCAGCCGUCUAUCCAGGAGCCAAGAGACACUGUAAUAGACAUCCCUGACUUUCCAGAUCCAGACUUUCAGUUUCCCCACGUGGAGGAAUUCAACAGGACAAAUGCGGCUUCACAUCAGUAUGUGAACCAGUAUCAAAGCCCUGGAUUGGCACUUACAGCACCAAAUUCUUAUCCUGCACAUGUAGGCCAAUAUUCAGAAUACCCUUCAAGUGAUUACCAGACAGCUCACAUGCAAAGUGAGAUGGUUCAUCAACCUGGGUUCACUGGUUUCAUACCUGAAAAUUAUGCUGGCAAUCAGCUGGCUAAUGGACAGAACCUCCAUGAAGACCUAUCGUCAUUUACUCCCUAUAAGCAAGGCAUGAUCGAUAAUGCAGAGACUCUGGGAGGAGAUGCAUACUGGCUUAAACCGUCUUACACAGUGGCAGAAACACAGCGGCUAAAUGCUGACAACAAUCAACCCAGAGAAUAUUUAAUAAGUAAGGCAAAUGCUGAGCAACAUUUUAAUGAAACAGUGGGAAGGGAAUUCACAAAGGUGGAUAGAUAUCAGCAGCUCAAAGACAACAAACAUGAUUACAGUAAUUUGUCCUCACAGGAUAGGUGGAGACAGACUAACAGUCAAGACACAGAAAAUCUCAGUCUGAAAGCAGCUGCCUCUCCAUGGAAACAAGAGAUAACAGCCUUAGCGGAAAAAGACCAACAUGCACAGGCUUACCAAAGAGCAGCUAUGAUAAAGGAGGAACUAAAUUUACAGAGAGACAAAUACAGAGGGGGAAAUCAGCAAAGUAUAAAUACAGAGCUUGAGAAAAUAGAGUCAAGGGAGAGUUUUGGAGUUGGAACAUCUUCUCAUAAAACAGCUGGGGUGGUCAAUCCCAACAUGUCAAACCAAAUCCCACAAUAUCCUCCAUUUAGUAAUGACGCUACAGACAAUCCAGCAUAUUAUGGACAACAGCAACCUGGAGCUUUUCAGGACAAACAUGUCCUUCAACAGUAUUACAGACUCAAUAAGGAAAAUGAAAUGAAAGAUAACUAUUUGACACAGAACUAUAACAGAUAUACUGAUCAAGAGUACAGAAAUCAACACAUGUUGUACUCUAAUAAAGACAAAAGUAUGAUCACACAAGAAACAAGCCAGAGAAAACAACAUACGCCAAUUCCAAAGAUGUGUGAAACGCAAAGUCUGCAACCAGUAGAAGUUAAACCACUGUUUGAACAUAAUAUGCAGAAAAGUUCAUUAUCCAACCCUGAUAAUACGUCUGGCCCCUCACUGGCAAAUCAGGUAAAAGACAGACAGUCUGCUGAGGUCAUGGCCAGAACUGAACCAGCCAUGGCAGAGCAUAUAAAAGCACAACACGCCCAAGCAGAGCUGGCAAAGGGUCAGCACUGGGCUCAAGUGGAGCAGCCCAAAGGAGAGUCGGCUAGGUUAAUUUUAGCAGGGCAGACUGGCUCAGAGAAAGUCAAACCAGAACAGGCCAAAGAAGAACUAACAGAGCACGAGAGAGUAAACCAGGCCGAAGCAGAACACAUUAAAGAGGAGAAAAUAAAAGAGGAACGGACAGAAAAGUCCACAGAAAAACAACCAGAACACGCCAGAGAGGAAGAGACACAGGCAAAGCAAAUCAGAGAACAGAGAGUAACAGAAGAGCAAAGAAACAAUACAGAGGAAACGGGAGUCAAGCACUUGAAAGAGGAGCAGGGUGAGCAGGUCAAAGCAGAACAAGCUGCAGACCAGAGGCCAAAAGAAGAAAACAUAAAAACUAAACAGGCAAAGACUGAGCAGGCUGGGCAGGCAAGAACAGGGCAAGUUAAAACCGAACAGGCAAGAAGAGAAGGGAUCAAAGCAGAGCAAACUGAGGAAGAACAGGUUCGAGCAGAACAAGUUGAAAGGGAGAGGAUGAAGGCCGAACAAAUCAGAACAGAAAAGGUUAAAGCAGAACAGGCUGAAGCAGAGCGCAGAAAAGCAGAACAAGCAAAAUUAGAGCAGAUACAAGAGCAACAAGCUAAAGCAGAACAGGAAAAAGCUAAGAUACUAGAGGUGGGAAAGGUCAAAGCAAACCACAUUCAAGCCGAGCAUGUUAAACAAGAGAAAGCUGAGAAAGAUUCAAUUCAUGCGGGUCGAGUAAAUGAAGAGCAACUAUCAACACUGCUGAGUAAAGCCAAAGAGAGACAGGCAGAGCAAGCAAAGUGGGAACAAACCAAAUUGCAGUUAGCUAAAGGACAGCUAACAAAAACAGAGAACAUGCUGGACAGGGCAGCUAAACCUGCAGCAAAACUCACAAUGACACAACAGGUCAAAAGUGAGCCAGAUAAAGUUGAGAGAGUCAAGACAGAGUUAGCUAAAGCUAAAGCAGAACUGGCUAAAAUAAAGGAGAAAAUGAAAGGAGAGCAAAAAGACAAAAUCAGAAAUAUAGUUCUCACAAAAGAGAAUGCGAGUAAGACAGAUGUUCCUUCAAAGGUAAAUGCCAUUAAAAAUGAAGAGCACAAAGAUCAAGACCAGGCAAAGCAAAUCCAUCAACAGAGGGAAGAAUCAGUUGUUAGCAGGCAAAGUACAGAUCAAGCUAACAGAGGGGCUGAUGAUUAUGAGCAUCUUAGAGAGAAAUAUGGUUUUAUUGAUACAACUUCGCCAAAAGGAAACAAAGCAUCAGCUGCAGGAAAUGUUUCGUCAAAUGAUGGCAGUGAAACACCGGCUUUAUCUCUAGAUAAAGUUGAGACAAUGAAUAAUGAAAAAUCAAAAGAUAAAUCUAGUCUUACAAGCAAAUCUGCAAUAACUAACACAGAAAAUAAGGAGGAAGUAGGCAACUUUAAAUUCAAUGAAGUGACAGAAAGUCAGUAUGUUUACAGUGAAUCAUUAAAAGAAUUCAAAUUAUCCAGUGGUAAUGAUUUAUCUACCAAUGUAGAUAAAAGAGCAAAUAGUGACCCUGUCACUGACAAACUGAAGGAUGACAGGGUUGAAAAGUUGGAAAAACGUGACCCUCUGAAACACACUGAUGUGACACAGCAAAGGGACUCUGAUUUGCCCAAACCUAUCUCCCUUGAAAGAAAACCCAAGUCAACUGAGCACAGCGUAGGUCCAGGUAAAGAGCAGCAUUUUACUCCUCCCAAAGCAUUGUCCCAUAAAGAGAGAGCACAGACCAAGCAGGAGAUUCUGACUUCCAAGAUAAAAGCUCAUGCUGAAAAAGAGAUUUCAGCUAUUAAAGAAAAGGGCUUUGCUGUUCGAGAUGGGUUUAUGUCCAAAAAUUCUACCAAGAUGUUAGCAGGUAGUCAGAGCAGUAAUAUACGACAAAGGCCACCAUCACAGGAAGUGUCUAAAAAACAUGAAAGCACAAUGUCAAGUAAUAUAACACCAAAGCACCAGACAGAGCCUUCAGGAAUACAGAUGGAACCAGUCAAGUCUGUCAUACCUCCCAGUUCUGCUACAAUACCAGUCAAGUCUGUAGCAACCACAACUCAGUUAGUAGAUCAUCCACAGAAGCAAGUUCCCAAAGAACAAAUGAAGAGCAAUGACAAGGUGCCAAAACCACCCGCAGAAACAAAACAGACAGGAAGUCAUACAAUGAGCUCAGACGAAAUGGCAGGAAAUCAAAAGAAACAGAAUCAAUCUGGAAUUAAUUCGCCAAUACAAAGUAAAGAGAAGGCGACCAAGAACAUGCAAGACAAACAGGAAGCAAAUCAUGUCGAAAACUCUGGAAAGCAGAAAGAGGAACUUAAAGACAAUCCUGCUGUAAACACUGACCAUCUCAACAAAAGGAAAGAGGCUCCAUCACAAGCUACAGCUCUGGACAAAGCUGAAAGCUCCAAACAAAUGACAGCAGAAAAGGGUGCAAGUAAAGAUGACACAGUUCACGAGGAGUCAGCACCUUCACUAAAUCUGGUCUUAAGUCAGAAUGAUACCCCGGUGGAUGAUGACAGCUUGCAAAUCACAGGAAUAAUGGUAACUGUACUAGAAAGAAAGACAUCUGUCAACACUGGUCAGGGGAAUAACAGCACUCAAGAACAAAUGAAUGCAAAAGAGAAGGAGUGCAGUAACUCAGAGCCAGAUAAACAUCAUCCCAGCUCAAGCUUGGAUGUAAGUAAAGUAAAUACGUCUUCAAGGGAAGCUGGCAUUGUACAGCCAAAGGAUAUAGCUGUGCAGAACACUUAUUCUACAGUGAAGGAAGAUCAAACUGAAGGUGGUGUGAAUGAUCCUCCUGAAAACAUACAAGAAAUGUCAACACCAGAGGCAACACAGAACAAUGUGUCUGAAAAUGUCACUGUCAAAAGGACUGAUCUCCAGCAGGGGAGUUUUUCUAUAAAUGCAAGACCCCAAAGGGUAACACAACUCCAAGAGCCACUGGCUGAAAAAGGUGUGCCCCCCACAGUCACUGUACCUGCUAAAAAUAAAGUGUUGGCUGAAACUCAACCCCUUCUCUACAAAGAGGACAUAAUAGAAUGUGAAACGAAAGACUGCUCAAAUGAAACACCAAAAGAAAUCCCAGCAAAUGGCAUAAAGACAGAUGAAAUAAAGACCACUACCAAAGAGAAAAACCCACAAACAAGACCAGCAGCAGAAACCAAUGAGAACUUUAUGGCCAAAGUGGUGAACACAGCAAUCAACGAUAUGAAUAAUCCAAACAGAGCUGAUGCUAGAACUCUGAUAAAACAUGACAUCCAGCCAUCAGUGAAAGAAGAUAUGUCAACAGUCAUAAAUCCAUCCAAUAGCAGGAACACAGAUGACAAGAGUGCACCCCUAGUGGAAGAAAAGAGAUGUGAUUUAAGACCACCAAAGCCAUUUGAUACACCCAGUCCAUCUACCCAUAUAACUGAGAAUGAAAACACACACGAAUCUCCAAAACAUCAGUAUAACGAAACACACAGUGGAGAAAAUGAUCCAGUGGACGGUGAGAUGCAUAUAGGUGGCAUUGCCAUCAGAGUUGUGCCAACAGUGACAGAGAAGGAUGACCUGAAGAUGGCGGGAAAACAUCAUGUCACCACUGUCCCUUCUGAUGUAGCUGCAGCAAAUGAACCUAAACAAGUUGCAUCACCUAGUCAUGAAGAAAAGGUGAGCACUUUAAACAAUGAAGACAGAAGCAAAGAUCUCACUUCAUCCAGCAGGGAGAAGGCGAUGAAAGACAGUUUGGAAGACAACUUGGGGGUGCAAGGCAUGUUGUCCAGUGUGAGAAAUCUGUCAGAUUCACUGAAAACCAGCAGUCAACAGAGCAGCAUGAGUGCAACCAGUGAGAACACUCAAGCUGAAAAUAGAAAGCCUGAAAAAGUAACUAAAAGCAGGAAAUCAGUGGAUGAAUCGAAGAUACGACCAAUGGAGGGAGACUACUUUCAAGUGCAAGGGGUAGAAGAAACAAUUGAUGAACCAUCCAAUCGUACAAAUGUAGGCGAUAAGCCAGAUGCUGUUUCAAAGGAAAGGGAACUUCCAGGAUUACUACCAAACAAGGCAGCUAUCAGCAAUGAAUCAUGCACUGUGGGAAAAAAUGAAGUCUUUAUUUUGGAUGAAAGUAUAAGGAAAACACUGGAAUCAGGCUCAGUAGGCGUUCAAGAAGAGAACAUGAAAAGGAAAAACAGGGAAACAGAUGAUAAUCUGGCUUCAAAACAGAGUGAUGGUCCCAGUGAGAGACAGAGUAAUAAAAAUGAGAAGACGGAGGCAGGUCAAGCUAUUCUUAUCAGAAAACAUCACACAGAGAACCAUUCCAGUUUAUCAGCAAGGGAAAGACAGAAAGACCGAAAUUCACACCCGACAAGAGAAAAUACAGUUAAAGAAAAAGCUGAAGUUAAAACAAAACCCAAAGAAAGGGUAUCCACAAUACCGGAGAUAUCAGCUAUUGCAGACUAUGCCAGGUUAAAAGUAAUUGUUUCAGAGGAUGAGGCAAACACAAUUCAGGAAUUCCCACCUAACAAAAAGGAGGGAUUCUUUCCACUAAUAAAGACUCGUCAUAGCAGACGUCCAGUAUUCACUGUUGACCCACCAGACCUCUCUGUGAAAGAGAAAAGUUUGCCAACUAAGACAGAGGUCAGCUCCAAAGUGAACAAAGAGCCCAAGCCCUUAGUAUUUCCUAUUACGGACAAAGAACACCAGCGGACGGGGAUGUUCAAACUGGGAGACAAAGAAAGACAAGAGAAAAUGCUGUUAGAUGCCAAAGCCAAUGAAGGUGUAUUAGACACUGGGGCAAAACAUGCACAACAUGUCAAAGAAAGACACAAGUCACCAACAAAUCAUCUUAAGACCCAGAGACAUGAAGAGCAAGUGCUUCAAACUGAUACCCACAAAGUUUGUCAGGUAGAACAAAGUAUUCAUCAGCCAAACAAUCCUCCCCUGCAAGCAACAACUUCAUCUUCUGCAGUCAACACGCCAAGAGGCACUUCUGUGACACAACACCUAAAGCCACUUGAUAACUCCAAUCCACAUGAAAAACUCGUAGGGCAAGUGAGUAACACAGAGGAGAGCACAGCAACUAAGAUAGGAGAAGAGAAAACAGAGAAGCAGAGACAAGAAAGGACUGCAAGUCAGCAUGAAGAAACAGGAGCAAAACAGCAACGUAGAGCAAAGCAGGUGGAGAAAAAACAAGUUUCUAAGAUAGAAGAGGAGAAAAGAGCAGAGGAUCUGAGAGUAAAACAGAUGAUAGAGGAGAGGAGAGCUUCCCUGGCUGAAGAAGAGAGGAGAGCCGCUCAGAGAGAAGAAGAGAGGAGAGCAAAAGAGCGAGAGGCUAUUGCUAUUAAGAUCAAGGAGAGGCGGGAAAAACAGAGAGAAGCAGAAAGAAGAGCAGAGGAAGAAAGAGCUGCUCAAAAAGAAGAGGAGAUGAGAGCAAAGCAAAGAGAACAAGAAAGGAGAAUGAAAGAAACCGAGGAGAAGAAGAGAAUAAAGAUUGAGGAGGAGUGUAGAGCAAAACUGAGAGAGGAAGAGGAGCGGAUAAAAGUGAAUGAAGAAAGGAAGAGGGUGAAACAGCGAGAGCAGGAGAGAGCUGCACAAGAGGAGCAGCAGAGGAAAGCUGCACAAGAGGAGCAGCAGAGGAGAGCUGCACAAGAGGAGCAACAGAGGAGAGUUGCCCAGGAGGAGCAGCAGAAGAGAGCUGCACAAGAGGAGCAGAAGAGGAGAGUUGCACAAGAGGAACAACAAAGGAGAGCUGCACAAGAGGAGCAGAAGAGGAGAGCUGCACAAGAGGAGCGACAGAGGAGAAUUGCACAGGAGGAACAACAAAGGAGAGCUGCACAAGAGCAGCAGAGGAGAGCUGCACAAGAGGGGCAGCAAAGAAUAGCAGCACAGGAAGCGCAACAAAGGAGAGCAGCACAAGAGGAGCAACAGAGGAGAGCUGCUCAAGAGGAGAAGCAACGGAGAGCUCAAGAGGAGCAGCAAAGGAGAGCUGCUAAGGAGGAGAAGCAAAGCAGGGCAGCUCUGACCGAGGAACAAAGGCAAGCUGCUCUGAUUGAGGUGCAAAGGCGUGCUAAACAGAUAGAAGAGAAGAUCCUUGCUGAUGUUGAGGAGAAAAAGAAACAGAGAGAGGAGGAGAAAGCUGCUCAAAGUUCAGAGAGGGAAAUGAUCAGAAAGAUCCAGGAGCAGAAGAUUGAAGAGCAGAGACAGAGAAAGGAACGGAUGAAAACUCAGAAGGAGGAGGAGGAGAGGAGAGCUGCUGAAAAAGAAAAGACAAUUCUAAAACAACUAGAAGAAAAACAAGUCAAAGAGGAGAGGAACAUACUCCUAGAGAAGAACAAGGCAGCACUUAAAGCGGAGGAGAAGAGAGUGGCACGAGAACAAAUGUCAGCUCAAAGAGAGGAUGAGAUCAGGGCGAAAAAGAGAGAAGAGGAAAAGUUAGCAAUUCACAGAGAAAAGGAGAAAGCCAUUCAGUUGGAAGAGCAAAAACGAGCAGCACAGGGGACAGAUGCUCUCCAGUACUAUGCCAUCACCUCGACAGAAUCAGAGAGGAAACCCAGAGAGAGACAGCUAUGUUCCCCUUUACCCUCCCAACAAAGACACAAUCCAUCAGGGCCUGGAUCAACUGAAGACUCGGGAUCCUACACAAGGCCUCAUCGGCCACAUGCCCCAGCAUCUCCAGCUCCAUCUCUGCCCCGCUCCAACACCUCCUCUCCUGCUCUGGGAGUCAAGCCCUCAAUGUUCAGGGUGAAGGAUAACACCUUCAGAGGUUCCUCUUUCACCAAAUCAGUCAAACCACGCUUCCACAAGAACUUCGGAGAGGAUUUCCGGGUUGGUUCACCCAUGGACAGGGGGUCUGAGAGAGGAGAGGAGGAGCAAGACAUAAUGAGACGCAGUGCUGGAACUCCUGUGUAUCCUGACACAGGGCUGAAUAGACUUGCUGCUAUCAAAGAGUCUUCUACGUUUCAGCCAACAUACUCAUCACAGGAUAACUUGGCCCCUCUCCUGCAGCACAGGCCUUACUCCAGGAGGAGCAUCGUUUUUGAUGAAGAUGACUCCCGCUCUGUCAUCAGCAACAUGUCGGAGGAUGUGGAGAGUUUUGCCACCAGUGCAGCAGACCUGGCAGAUGUACGAGGCAUGUAUGAUUAUGACAGGCCAGAAUCAGCCUGUAGCUUCAGCAGUGAUGUCUCCCGUUCUUUGGGCAAGCCUCCAACUGUUCCUCCAAAAAGUGAGAAAGCCCUGCGCAGGGCUCAAAGGCUGACUACUCGGAGAAUCAGAAAGGAGUUAUCCAAAACUGCUGCAGACAGCCCUGCUGGAGUUGAGAAAUCUCCUCAAGAAGGCUCCAGUAUUCCUUCCUCCUCCUCUUCCUCCACUGAGGUACGCUCCUCUAGCCGCCAAGCUGUGGCUUCCCCCCAUUUUUCCUCACCUGUCUCCCUCGCUCAUGCUCCAACAUUGGGGUCUAGCUUGCCUUCAUCACACACAGAGCACCAAUCUUCUCACAGCUCUUUCUAUGCUUCCCCUCACGCCACUGGCCCUAUCUCACUCGCAGUUGCUUCACCUCAUGCUACUGCUCCUGUUUCCCUCCCUGUUGCCCCGGCUAAUGCUGCUGGCCCUGCUUCCCACGCUGCUGCACCUAAAACAGUUGCUCAUAUUCCCUCUUCUCCCACUCUCCAUCAUGCCAACCACCCAGCUCCAGUGACACAGUACCAUGUAGAGACAAGCUAUCCCCAGGCCUACCCACUGACCCAGCGUAAGGUGCUGCAGGACCUCGGCUCUGGUCAGUAUUUCGUGGUGGACGUGCCAGUUCAAGUGAAAACAAAGACUUUCUUUGACCCAGAGACAGGAAAGUAUGUUCAGCUGAAUGUACGCGAGUCUGGCCAGAGCACCUCCCGACCCCAGCCGCAGCAGACGUACCCACAACCUCAGCUCCAACCCCACAUGCAGGUCAAGCUUCAGCAACAAUCCCAGGCAUCUCCAGCUGGCAAGCCCCUCGUGCUUUAUCAAGGCAACCAUGGCUAUCCCCAAGGCUACCAACCUCCUGCUAUCAACUCUGUGCCCCACCACAGGUCAUCAGCCCCAGUGACUCCCCACCAGGACCAACAGCCUGUCAGGGAGAGCCACAUCUACGGAUAUCCAGCCCCUGAAACGGGACAGAACUCUGAAGUGCAUCGCUACAGCCCGGAGAAGACUCCAUACAUGGACACAGUUAAUGAUAAGGACAAAACAUAUAACAGAGUUUACAACACACAUGGCACAUAUGAGUCGUUCCCAGAGUGUGACACAAACAGCCAGCUUGCAGGAAGCUCCAUUUAUGAAAAUGAAAGCUCAGCCCACUCACGAUAUCAGUCCCGUGAUAUAAUAACCAUGGGUGAACUGGAGGACUUUAUGGAGGUGUCUGACUGGUGAGACUGGUAGCUUUUACUCAAACGGGGUUGAUGUUCUAAAACAGACGAGUAGACAAAUAAAGUGUUUGAUAAAAUAAAGAUACCCAAAAGCACAGUAUGAAUGGAUGAUGAUAUGCAGUAUUUUAAGUGUUUGUAAAUGAGAAUAGUCUCAGAAUGUUUUUGGUUUGUAGUUUUAAAAAGC